GGCAGUGGCGGCGGUGACGAUGGUGGCGGUGGUGGCACCACCCGGCAGUCGUGAGGGAACCUCUCUAAGUCUCUAAGUUACAACUUCUCUUGCCGGUCGGAACAUGCUUUGUUUGUCAGUCGAACGAAUGGUGGGGUGGUGGGGUGGUGCUUAAAUGAAUUAAGAAGUUAAAGAACUACGGGCGAAUGAGUCGGUGGCUUUACAAACACGCCUGGUUCUGCCCGGGCCUGCAGUGGCGAUUGUGCCCCAGCUGCCGCUGCCCACUCUGAUCGCCUAAAACCAUCGUGAAGACGCUCCAUGGUGGUGUUGGCGUCGUUGGGAUGCAUACCAUCUGUUCGUGGUUAAGAUGUUUAUGAAGACAAGGGAUUAUUUCUUCACCGUUGUUUUGAUGCAUAUUCAUUGCGAUAGGACUGCUGCCGUGACAUUGGCUUGCAACGGUCGGUCACAUUUUUACGUGUUGAAAAAGACAACCGAAUUGUUUUCAAACUCUCUGAAGGUGUUGAGCCCAUUAGCGGUUCGAUUUGCGCCAGCAUGUUUGGAAAUAACGGCAAUAACAUGGCCUUGGAGGACACGGAUGCGCUCAGAUUACAACUCUACUUUGCUGGGAACUCGCUAAAUCUCGACUCUUACCUCAACGGUGUUGACAUCUUCCUCCAUCUGCUUCAGCAAUGCUGGCCCAAGGUGGCGACUUUGAAAAAUCUCCGCCUCGGCACGAAUGUGCCAGAGUCCAGCCUUACCAAAGCUCUGUCCGGCGUGUCCCGUUUGUACGCGCUGCGAUCGCUGGCUAUGCGUGGCGGGAUUGCCCGCAAUGACCAUGGGGCCGGCAUCGCUGGCUCCCUCGUUCGCCUCCCCGACGAUAUUUUCUCGAACCUUUGCCACCUCACUCACCUGGAACUCAGCUGCAAUCGGCUGAUCAGUCUUCCACCCACCCUGCGAGGACUGACGUCGCUCUCCAUACUCUUCCUGGCCAACAAUUGCUUGCAGGAGCUUCCUGAAUGGCUGGGGCAGCUCAGAAGCCUGACUCAGCUGUCGGUGAAGGACAACGACCUGUCCUCCGUGCCACCAAGUUCCUUGGAGGGGCUGUCCGCCCUGUGUUGUCUAGACCUGUCCAACAACCGCCUGGAGACCCUGCCAGAGGAGCUGGGCUCCCUUCAUUGCCUGGAGGACCUGGACUUGUCUAGGAACAGCCUCGCCUCCCUUCCUGCCUCGUUGAGUGGGAUGAAUCGUCUGAAAUCGCUGUUCCUGCACGACAAUCGUCUGAUAUCCGUGCCAGCAAGCCUGGCCUCCCUGCCGGCACUAUCCCGCCUCGACCUCUGCAACAACAGCCUGCGCUCCGUGCCGCCCGAGGUUGCGCAAUUGUCCUUCACGCAGCUCAAGGGGAACCCCAUUGGCAGACCCGAGACCCCUCCACUGCACGAAAAACACAUCGAUGAACCCAAGAUGAUAAAGAUGAAGCUACUUUCGGACCACGGCAGCAUGACGGUGGGGCCUGGUGGACUGUUGGCGUGGCUGCCAUGCGGAGUGAGGCUGCAUUUUCCCGCGGGGGCCGUGGACACGGAGACGUUGGUGACCUGCGACGUGCGGCCCCCUGACCCCACCAUUGUGCGACUCAACGAUCACGAGCUGCUUCUGAGCUCCAUUCUCGUCCUGCAACCGCACGGGAUCACCUUUGGCAAGGAGGUUGACAUCACUGUACCGUAUGAAGAAGUGCAAGAUGGACCCAAGAGGGAAGCUGUGAUGCGUACCUUUGACUGCAACAACUGGAGUAACUUGGAGACAAAACUGAAAAAAUGCAAAGAUGGCCGCAGUGUUGCGCGGUGCUCCAUGCCGCACUUCUCCUACUUCCUGGUGGUGGCGCGGCUGGUGGAGGACUCCUGCUCCGUGCCCCCCGAGGGAACCCAGCUCUUCAGCUCUGUGAACCCCGGCGUUCGCCUCCUCUUCCCUCCCGGGGCCGUGGAGGAGACGCGCCAAGUCCGCAUGCAGGUGCUGCCCGUGGAUGAUGAUGAUGAAAUGCGCUGGGUGGUGGGGGAUGAGACCAUGAUCAGUCCAGUGCUCAUCCUGUCCCAAAGCCUGGCCUCCACCUUCCUCAAGCCUGUCAAAAUUCGCCUUCCGCUGCCACGUGGUGUCUCUGGUAUUAAACUGGACCCCAGAAAACUGCACGUGCUGCACGGGGACCCACACACGGGGGACUGGGAGGACAUCACCCGCGACCUGACGCUUGAGUUCACGCACUUGUACGCCAUCUUCGAAGUGUCCGAAUUCUCCCUCUACUGGAUAUGGCACAGGACGCAGGAUUGCGUGGGCACCGUGGCCACCGUGGCCAAGAAGGCCUACGAGCUGCUGCGACGGUGGCGCGUGUGCUUCCUGGCGAUGCAGCUCAAGCGCGACCCAGAGCUGGUCCUGCUGCGGUGCCUGCCCUACAAGAAGGUGGACCCCGCCCUAAAGACCCUGCAGAAGAAGUACAGUGGGCCCCAGCCCUCUGAGAUGGUAGAGAUCCUGGAGGGCGAGGAGUUUUACGCUGCCUUUGAGGGGGGAAUCGAGGUCCACACAGAUCUGCCGAGGAGCUCUGAGGGGCGCCUGGCGUUUGUGUUUUAUGCCAAGCAGAAGAACAUGAAGGAGGUCUACGUAAAGUCGCAAGACAGCAGGGAGCGCGGUCCUGUCAAGGGGCAGGUUUCGUUUUACCGGGGAGAGCUGCCGACGGCUCUGCCAGAGGAAGCCGUGGGGAAGCGAAAGGGUCCGGAUUCUACGUGGCUCGCCACACUGCCCAUCAAGCUUCCUAAAGUGAAAGCAGACGGCAGAACAAACGGCUCGGAGAGGAGUGCGAGUGAGGAGAGCUCUCAUCAGGCCUUCUCCUUCCCCCCUCUCGACCUUGGAAAUCCAGAGACUGGAUACCUGACGGAAACAAACCUCCGGACCAUAGCAUCAAGGAUCGGUUUAGAGUGGCACGAGAUUGGAACCAACUUGGGAUUGAAACAAUCUCAACUGGAGCGCAUCAAAUACGACAACAGCGGCAACUUGGACCAGCAGAUCAUGAAGAUGCUGGUCACGUGGGCACGUGGUGCUGGUGGCGAAGGCGGGGAUGCGGUGAGCCUCCUCAUCAGGGCCCUGAAGGCGAGCAACCGGACAGACCUCUCUGAGGAGGUUGCCUCCACGGUGGAGCUCGGCCGACAGAAAUACCAGGCUCAGCUCAGCCACUCCAACCUGGAUCAGCAGAGCUCUGCGAGCCAGUAGAGCCGAACAGACUGGUGACCGCCUUCCUGUAUGUACGUACGUAUGUUUGACUUCGUUGGCAGCUUGCGUAGACAACCUUGCUAAUCGAGGUGCUCGUCUAAGGGGUGACUCACUGACAUGUUGCACUUUUGUUAAUUAUUUGGCAAGUGGUUCUCCAGGAUAUGUCCCGUGCAGCGUCGUACACGGGGCUGUUGCGUCGGGCUAUAUUUCUGAUUUAUCGCUCGUUGAUUUUGGCUUAGCACACCGGCCCACAACAGCUUGGGCUACCUGCUUCCUCUAGAACCUGCACUCUUAACACAUGAACGUCAGAAAAUUACAAUAUUUUCUGGUGACUUGCGGUUGAGUGCGGAGGUGGAGGGCCCUGCUAAGCGUUGUGUUGUACGCACACAGCACCUUUUGUCAAGGAGGGCUUCCUCUCAUUGAGGAAGAGGGCUUCCAAACACUGAGCAUGUCGUGGGAGUUGUUUGACCAUACUUCAACACGAUGGUGAGUACGGGUUGGGGAAGGUGGGGUGAUAGAAGUACAAUGCAACAGUUGAUGUUUUCUGCACUGCCCAUUGCUGCCCACCACAUGGCCUCGCAGCAGCCAAUACCAACCUUCUGUGGGUGAUGGCCACCGAUCCAAGCACCAUCCAGGUUCAACCCAGCUUAGCUUCCGACAUUGGGUGAUUUCUGAGUGAUUUGUUCACGCACAAUUACUUAGUUACUCCUGCUGAAAAUGACCAGCUGGGGUGUUGAAUUGAGGACUCUUCAGCAUGUAUUGAAUUGCAGUUGUAAACGCAUUCGUCCGCUACAAAUGGAUGACUUCAUCUAGUCAUCAUCAGCCAUUUAUCCACUGCUGGAUGAAGGCCACCCCAUGCUUUCCCCUUCCCUCGUCGUCCAGUGUCACUGCCAUCCAUUUUACUCCUGCGCAUGAAUUGAUCUCAUUGCUCUCCCAUCUUCACAAUACCACUCUUUCGCCAGUCUUGCCUACCGGGCAAUACCCAGUCUCGCGAUGUGUCCUGCCCAAUUUUCAUUUAUGUUAUUAUGUUGUGUUUUUAUUGCAACACAACGCGAGCCCGGUACAAUACGCCGAUCGCAAACGGAGGGAAACGGAAACCCCACAAACAGCUACCCGAAUUUGGUACGGCAGCACUUUACGAAGAGGGGAAAUUGGAUUCGCUGGUCCACCCAAGUGGGGACCAGGUGCAGGGACAUGAAGGCGAUUUACAAUUUCUUAAUUCUCAAUAUGUAUGUUGAACUUCUUUUGCACCGUAUGUAGCCAACCGUGCUAAUCAGAGGUGAUGUCACAUAUUUGUGUUCCUUUUAGCAACGCAUUAUUUCGGCGAUGGUGGGGGGGGGGGGACAUUUAUUUGGAAUUGUUUUUCAAAAGUGACUGAGCCAUAGUUCAGAGUCACGCAUGAGCCACUUGCCUGACACUGCUGUAGUUUUUUUUUAUGAUAGAGGAAAGUGACUUAGGUUUGAUUCUAGUAUUCCUCUAAAGAGUAUAUAAAGUAUUUGAGACAAUUUAUCACAAUUUGUCACCUGCAAUAAAUAACUUAAAAAAUAAUUUCUUUGUACAGGGAGCACACUUAUUCAUCAACGUGGUUGACUUGUUUAUGUAAAUAAAAAUAAAAAACCUGGAUUGUUAACUGGAUUUUAUGGGAUUUUAAAUCAAAUCUAGUUUGGUCGUGUGUAUUGUAGGACAUUUUACAUUGCCACAUUCUUGGGCAUGCGAGGAGUGGAUGGGUAUUCACUCCUGCUCUCAGCUGUUUAAAUAUUAACUUGAACAAAAAUUUAUAUGACACACUGCUAUCUUGUGCUUAACUUAUAUAACUUACGUUCUGGUAAUGCAAGAGAUAAUUAUCUUGCUUUAACUCAAUAGUGAGAAACAUUUUAAAUCUAGUUGCAAAGUUAACCCUUUCAUGGCUGUUUUAUAAUUGUAAGGAAUGGUGCCAAUUAAUAUGCUUUCUUACUUAAAUCAGUGCAGCAUUAUACGAUAACUUAUCAAAAUAGAGUUCUGACUGGCAGAUGGUUUUACAUCUAGUGUAGAUUAUGUUUUAACUGGACAGAUUUCAGUAGAUGUUGGAUGCCUGUACAAUAUGUUUGUCUUGUUUCAGCUCUUAUAUUUCAGUGAUUUGAAAAAAACGUUUAUUUUUAAGGGGUGUCUGUACUCCAUCAGCUGCCGUUGGCUUCAAUUUAGCCAUUUCCUACAUAGCGAGAUGUACAAGCACACUAUUGUAAAAUAUGAAAUCACAUUAAUGUGGCCAAACAUUUGUGGUUAUUUUAAGAAGUUGCUAAAUUAACAUGAGAUUGUUGCAAAAAUAAAACAGGCAUGGUUUGAUAGCGAUGUCUGCCAUUUUAUCUAUAUUGUUUCAUGUACUUUAUUGACUGGAAAAUGUAUCUGUAAAUGAUGAAAAAAACACAUCGCUUACAGGAAGAUGAGUACAGGCUGAAAAAUAAAUAGAUUUAACAGAACAAAAAGAUGUACCAUUGCAUGUAUAAUGACGUAUCUAUCUUGUUUUGUUUUUUGGUAUGUUAAAGAAUCUUGUUCAUUUUGUGUUAUUUAUUUCAAUUGAGCAAUCUUUUUUAUCAGCCGUGGAUAAUGGCCAGCUUUGAUCCAAUAA